UGACAGGCGGAGCCUGGCCGCAACUUCCUUCCUGCGACUUACCUGUGUAACGUCACUCAGGUGAACAUCCAGGAAGUGCCUUGAUGGAGCCUGUGACCGACUGGAGUCGGGAGACCGUAUGUGGCUACCUGAGGGGCUUGGACACCUCACUCCAGCAAUAUCCAUUUCAGGAGUGGGAUGUGACUGGGCAUGAUUUGCUCAGCCUUUCCCCCCAACGCCUAGAUGCCCUGGGGGUGAGGAGCAUUGGGCAUCAGGAACUUAUUCUGGAGGCUGUGGAGCAGCUGUGUGCCCUGCACUAUGAGCUGCACUCGGAAAACCUGCGUAGUCUGACUGAGAAGUUAUGUUGCGUGUCUCAGUCGUUGUGUUCACACAUCCUUGGCCUGAGAAAGACCUCCAUGCACUCCCCAUCCACUGCAAUCUCCCCUACUCCAAAACAGCUGGUCUGCAUCAUUGACAUUGUGUCUGCAGCACGGAGCCUUUUCUCCUGGCUCAACAGAUAUCUGUUUGCACGGCUGAAUGAUUACUCUGCGAGUCGAGAUAUAAUCGCUUUGUGCAUGGAACUAGCUGAUAACUUGCAUGAGGACUGGUCUAACCCGAGGAUCGAGAACAGGAUUUUGCUGAUUUGUCAGAAUAUUUGUGGAAUAUGCAAGAGCAUUCUAAGCUUUAGUCCUGAUAGCCUUCUUAACCAGACUGCAACUCUUGAACUUGUACAAAUACACCCUGAGACACCAGACUACAAACUGGGCAUUGACAUUAAAUCCACGUCAUCUGGACAACAUUUCAUUUGUGAGACAGAAGCAGAGUCCCCGGCUGGGCGCUGUGACAAAAUCCUUACAGGAGAUGAAAUAAUUAAAGUGAACGAUCAGAUAGUGGUUGGCUGGACUCGACAAAACUUAGCACAGAAACUAGUGGAAAAUUCAGAUUGUGUGACUCUUGUCCUAAAGAAAGUAUCUGUCCAGUCUCCCUUGCAAUCACCAGUUACCACAGCCUCCAAGAAAAUUCACACUGACACCACUCCUCAGCAAACGUACACAGGCCACACUUUGUCAUAUGGAGACACAGUGGCAACUUCACCAACAAAACGCAGAUCCACCAGUCUUAAUAUAAAAAUUAGAAGCUUUUCCUCAUUUACAACAAGGAGUACACCCUCUACACCCACAGAUUUUGAGGUUUCUAACCUACUACAAACACCUAGUGCUGGAAAUACAAUUCCAGUAAACAUUUCUACAGUCAGUCGAGCGCUCCUUGGUUCUUCCUCCUUGCCAGAAACGCAAACCUCUGUGUGUGAUCAUCUUCAGCUACACAGUAUAUCCAGCCAGCCUUCCUCCAGCCAUCCACAGCCCAUCUGUACAAAUCUGUCUGAUUCCUCUACUGAAAAGGAGCAAGACGUUACGUUACACUCCAUUGUGGAAACCCAGUAUUUAACUAAUUCCCAACACUCCUCACGUCCACGAAGUGGUUCAGUUACUUCACCAACAGCUAGUUCCUCCUCUUCAUCUCCAGCUCCUGUAGUCCUGAGGCAGUCAGUGUCUGACAGUAAUCUGCUCAGUGGCACAAAUCCUGGUUCUCUGCAAAAAGAACUUGACGUUGGAGAAGGUCAUUCUAGGAGUGUAGAGCCAGCAGUGGAAGUCAGUCAUACUAAAAGCCCUGAAACUGUGAAGAUUGGCAAAGGGGUCCAAACUAAAUUGAAAUCAACUGGGUCUCCCCGUUAUCAGAAAGGUGUUGUGACAAAGCUGAGUCGCCGACGUGUGUCCUGCCGGGACUUGGGGGUCCCAGACUGCGAUGGCUGGCUGUGGAAGAGGAAAGAAAAUGCUGGUUUCAUGUCCCAAAAAUGGAAACGCUGCUGGUGUGUCUUGAAAGGAGAACGCCUAUACUGGUACAAUGGUCCACAGGAUGAGAAGGCUUUGGGACUGCUUACUGUUUCCUCGUAUAAACUCGAAAGCACAUGGGAGGCCAAGCCCAAAAAGAAGUAUGAGUUCCAGCUAAGGCAUGCCACAUACAAACCAUUUGUGUUUGCUGCAGACAGUCUGGAUGACAUGAAUAAGUGGGUGACGUGUUUGAUAAAAACACUUCAGAAACACAAAGUUACACUAAGUGCCAAACAAGAGGAAAAAUGUUAUAGUGAGACAGAGGCAGAAGAACAGGAUGAUGAUCAGUCUAAAAUACAAGAAUCGCCACAUCAAUCGCUAAUCCCUCCUUCACCUAUGAGUCUGGGGAUGAAACAAAUGGCUCAGUCGCCGACUAAGAAUGCAAAGACUGACAAACCCUUCGCAUCUCAAGCAGAGGAUGUAUCAACAGGAGCAUGGACAGAUGUGAAAGGGGCUGAUUCAGAUGGUGAUGAAUUAAAACUCAUGAUAUCCUGUUUACAGCAAGGUGGAGUAUCACUCAUUGGUACAAAGACCACUCUGACGCGAGAUGAAUACCGAAAGUCCUUUAUCCGUAGAAACAAAAAUCCAGACAUAAACCAUAAAGCUCACACAUUACGGGUACUGCAAAGCACUCUCAAGGCCAAACUCUUGGAACUUGAUGCACUGAAUCUGAUCCUGGAUAAUCCAAAUCUGAGCUCUUCUAUAUUUCGCCAGUGGAAAGCUGAUCAUGAGCAGCUGUAUGAAACUAUGUGGAGAGGUCCUAGAGCUAGAGGAUCACUGGGGGAUUUUAUAAACAACCUGAAUAAAGAGAGAGGACAAGGGGCUCAAGGGAGGGAUGAGAGUGGGUCAAGUGAUUGAUGUUUUUAGAUGUAUGUAUGCAAUUGUGAAAACAAAUUCAUGAUGCAUAUUAUGUGUAUGUAUUACCUUGUAAGAAGAGUUGUUAAAACAGUGAUGAUAUACUCAAUGCCAGUGGGCUACUUUUAAGUAGAUAAUGUUAUAUGUCGUAUACAAUUGCAGACAGUUUAUACUGUGUAGGAAGACAUGGGGGAUUUGGCAAAGAUCUGAGGCUCUGAAGGGAGUCUUAGAAACGACUCUGCACAUGCUCUCAUUAAAAUACCCAAAAUCAAAGCAUUUUCUUUCAACCCCUUUUCUUUCUAUAUUUGUUUAUAGACUAUUUCCUGUAUAGUUUAAGCCUCCAGCAGUACCUCUGCAUUGUUAAUUUGGAAUAAAUAUGCUUUUGAUUGUAUAACAACAACAACGUUGCACUCCUUUUAAAUGUUAAUACUGGUCACAGUUACUGUCAACCAUACUGGAGAACAAUUAAUUGGCUUCCUUUUUUCCGACAACUGGAGGACCUCACAACAGAUUCUUAAUUCUCGCUUGCCUGGUACCUUUGGUUCUUUGUAUACAUGAUGGUAUUCUAGAAAAAAAACUGUUAAUCCAUGA